AACAAUAUUUAGGCCAUGCCUCUACGCCGCAAAUUUUAAAAAAUAAAAGGAAAAAAUGUCUAAAAGGAGUAGAAAGGUUUCGAAAAAGAAAAGCCAGAAAGAGAACAAUGAAAAUUCUAUAAAGAUUGCAAAUGAACUUUCAGAUAAUCAAAUAUUCAGGAAGGAGGAGUAUUCCAUGCUCUUUACAGAUUACAGACUGAAAACGUUUACAGACUGGCCGUUUGAUGAAGACAACUCCUGCAAUCCCUAUGCUCUUGCAUCAGCAGGAUUCUAUCAUAUCCCAACAAAUGAGGAACCGGAUGCCACCAGAUGUUUCUGUUGUUACAAAGAUUUAGAUGGCUGGGAACCAGAUGAUAACCCUUGGGAAGAACACCGCAAACAUUCACCACACUGUGCAUUCUUGUCCUUGAAUAAAUCAGUGGAAAAGUUAACAGUGGAUGAAUUCCUCAAGUUGGAAUGUGAAAGACAGAAAAACAAACUGAAAAAGUUAUUUCACAUCAAGAUUGAUGAAUUGAAGCACCACGGGAAGAAUGUACGAAUGGAGAUGGCUAAAAUAAAUAAAUGAUGUCCCCGUCCCCCCCUUCAACAUAAUCUUAAAUCUGUGAUUGUAAAUAAAAGGAACUAUAUUAACCUUACCAUCUGAAUGCCUACAACAAGGAUGUCAUACAAAUGCCACAGGAAUUUAGCCACGCUAGCCAGCGUUGCAGUGCAGAGUUACACUAAAAAUUUUUGUACUAUUUGCUGUUUAUGUUCUUGGUUUUAUGUUAAAAUUGAAAACACAUUAAAUAUGAAUAUAGAUAUUUGAACAGGACAUGACUGUACACUCUGCAAAAAUCAGUGUCAGUGCAAAUUUAAUUUAUCAGUCUCCUUUUAAGUCCUACACAUAUAUACCAUAAUGCAGUUUUCAAAAGAAAAAGAAAAAAAGUUGUUUUAAUUUUGAACUUAAAAGUUAGCAAAAAAUACAGAACAAAAUUUUAUCACACACGCGUGCCAAUUUUGCGACUUCGUAAAAAUGGUAUUGCACGGCUGUGCAUAUAUUUUGAGGUGACGUCAUUAGCGUUACACAAACAUAGUGUACAGACGCGCUAAAUGUUAGCGUUAUACUAUAGGCACAUCAAUGUAAAAUGACUUUUAUUUCACUUUAAAUGGUCUUUAUUUUGGGUAUGUGAUAAAUAGAAUAUUAAAUUCUUGUAAGUUCAUUACUGAAUUUAUUGCACUCGUUGAAUAAAAUAAUAUUAUGCUCGCCAGAGGCUCGCAUAAUAUAAUUUCAUUCAACUUGUGCAAUAAAUUCAGUAUUGAACUUACACUCAUUCAAUAUCCUCUAUAUAUUAUAAUGUAAUUAAUAACUGUAACUUUGGUGAAGAAUCUUAUUUUAUUUUUGCAAGAUAAUAUUUUUUUCAUAUUAUCACAAUGUAUGUAUAGGUUAGAGUGCAUAUUGGGUGUUCUUCGUAAAUAAGAAAGCUAAAAAGGAGCGGAGUUUGCGAAGCGACUGUAGCUUUCUUAUUUACGAAGAACAUCCUAUAUGCACUCUAACCGGCUUAGUGCUCCGCCCACUUGCGUUAUAUAAUAUAAAACGUCCAGUUUAUAUAAAAUCUGUUCUAUUAAGAUUUGAAACCUGAAAAUUUGAAAAAUCCUCGUCGGUGAUUGGCUUAAAAUAAUUGGCAAGCACUAAUUAUUAUAAACAUUGUAAUUUAUUCUUUUGUCUGUUGAUAUAUUUAUAUUAACAAUUCAAAUUUGAGUACAGGACUGUUUAAGGUCGAGGACUCGAGUUUUUGAUACUUUUCUUGUAAUUAUAAUAGGCAAAUAUAGAAAUAUUUAUGUUAGCAAUAUAUUUUGCAUGAAAUUAUUUUAUAUGAAGUACCAGAAUGUUUUAUACCAUUCAAUUAUACAAUCAUGUUUUGUUUCAUAAAACCUAUGGUUUCAUUAAUUUAUAUGACUCACAAGAUAUUGGCACUCAAUUGUUUACAGGCUUUGACAGAUUUUGGUUGGUAACAUUUACCAAAAUAAAAUCAUUUUUUAAUGCCUUUAUGUGUGUAUGACUACUUUUGUAUAUAAUUUUAUUUGUUUAAACUGUAUGUUGGAUAUUUGUAGGGAUUUUUUUUUUUAAAAUUAGGAAUAUAUUUAACUAAGAAAAUGAGAAAAUUUUAAUAAUGUCACUAGUGUAUAGUGCAAGUAGAAUAAAGAAUAUUGUUGAAACAUCAUUUCAGUGUGGUUAUGAAAACCAAGAUAUAAAGUGUAUGAAGUCUGUAAAGAAUAAUUAAUCCUUCAACUUGCUGGAAUGACAAUAAUUAGCCAUUGCCACCAGUAUAGAGCCAGGCCAUUAUGUUGGUAAAUAAGUUAAUUUACUUUGAUAUUGCUAUCAUUUAUACUUUAAAUGGACUAUUCCAGAUUCAAAGGAUGGCAAAUCCCUGAUAAAAAAUCAGCAGGUGAAAGGUUACAAGUAUUGUGUUCUUUGUUACAAAAUGCAUUUGUAUUAUUUUCUUACAGAUUUGUUUUCAAAUAUGAAAGAAUAAAACUUUAAAUUGGAUUGGUCUACAAUGUGCAGAAUUUCCAUAUAAAAGUUGUUCAUUUACAUUCUUAUUAAAUAUUGCUUGAGAAAAACAAAUGAGAAAUGACAAAACCAACAUAGCGGGUUUGCGACCAGCAUAGAUCCAGACCAGCCUGCGCAUCCGCGCAGUCUGAUCAGGAUCCAUGCUGUUCGCUAUCAGUUUCUCUACUUUUUAUAGGGUUUGUAAGCAAACAGCAUAGAUCCUGAUCAGACUGCGUAGAUGCGCAGGCUGGUCUGGAUCCAUGCUGGUAGCAAAAGCAUCACGUUGGUUUUGUCAUGACACGGCUCAUAUUAUUAUUGUAUAACUGCCCUUCAAUUAUAGACCAAUUCACUUUGAUUUGAUAGAUACUAGUUAAAAGAAAUCUAUCACUAAAUUGUUGAAGUGGUAGGUGUAUUUAAUAUCAAUUUGGUGUUUUUACAUUACAUGGAAUAAUUAACAGCCCCUAUUGUACUGAAAUAAGCUUUUUAUCAAUGUAAAUAUGUAUGUUUAAAUUUUAAAAUACUGUAGUUUUAAAAUGAUGUGAUAUUUUCACAAAUAAAGAUGCUAUUAUCACACA